AGAGAGAGAGAGAGAGACAGAGCUCUGAGGCUGAUCAUUUUUUUAUUCCGAUCAGAUCGAAGAGUUAUUUAUUUGUUUGGUUCCUCUGUCUCACAAUUGUCGUAGUUCCAUCUUCGGACAAGUUUUGUUGACAGAUCUACCGAUUUCUCCAGGAGGCUGGUUUACGCUAAACCGAUCAUAAUUUUCGAACUCAAUUCCUCUUCAUCUCUUGAAGUAGACGCAGAUCUGAGCUGGUAGCUACAGAUUCUCGUUGAAUUACGUAAAAUUCACCCCAAUUCAGUGACGAAAUAUAUAAUUCCCGCGCACAUAUUAAAAGUAUAAUUCAAAAAAAGACAAAACUACAAAGAAACCGUCGAAGCUGUUGUUGUCUGUUCAUGGAGCUUCCUCAAUCUUGUCCCUUCAAAUCCCAAGGGAGAGAACAAACACAUGAUUUUUUAUCGCUCUGCAGUCAUUCAACUAUUCAGUCAGAUCCCAAGCCAACACCUUCUUCUCAAGGUAGCCACUUAAAAACACAUGAUUUUCUACAACCGUUAGAAUGCGUUGGACAUUCUAAAGAAGAGACUAGUAAGACUAACACAACCAAUAUAACCUCCGAGCCGCCUCCACAGCUGCAACACGUGCUUCCCGGUGGAAUAGGAACGUACACUAUAAGUUCAAUACCUUAUUUACAUAACCAUCAAAGAGUUCCUAAGCCGGAGCUUUCACCACCAAUGUUUACUGGUAGUGGUGGUGUUGAGAGAAACGUUGUGGACGCUGCUGCUGUUGCAAGCGGGUUUACUCUGUGGGAUGAAUCUGGUUCUGUGAGUAAGGGGCAGAAACGGAAGGAGAAUAAUGCUGUGGAGAGAGCUGAUGUUGCAACAAGUAUGGGACAAUGGCCAGUGGUGGAAAAAAGGUCACAGUCUUUGACUAAUAAUAACCACUUGAGUGGUUUAAUCAGUUCUCGUUCUUCCUCUCAAGGGUCUGGUCUUAAGAGCCAAGGCUUCAUGGACAUGCUAAGAUCAGCGAAAGGAACUUCACAGGAUGAUGAUUUAGAUGAUGAAGAAGAUUUCAACAUGAAGAAAGAAAGCUCCUCCACUAGCCAGAACCAUAGAGUAGAUUUGAGAGUAAAAGCAAGUAACGACCCAAAGCUGAACACGCCUAGGUCAAAACAUUCAGCUACAGAACAACGGAGGAGAAGCAAGAUCAAUGAUAGGUUUCAAAUGCUGAGAAAAUUAAUACCUAACAGCGACCAAAAGCGGGACAAGGCCUCUUUCUUGCUAGAGGUUAUCGAGUAUAUUCAGUUCUUACAGGAGAAAACAAGCAAGUACGAGACUCCUUACCAAGGAUGGAAUCAAGAACCUGCCAAGCUACUCAAUUGGCAGAGAAAGAACCAACAGCUUGUCCCUGAAGGAACCAUUGCUUCUACUCCAAAACUUGAAGAAGAGAAGAAUAGCAUUCCUGUCCUUGCAACACUGAACGGUGAAAGGCCAAGGACUGUUCCAUUUCCUUUGCCCCUUCAAAGCAAAAAUCAUUUCUCUUCUGUUAUUGGGGUUAAUCCCGUAACUCAGUUGCAAACAAGAGUAGCAUCAUCAGAUACGGUACCGAGUUCUCGGAGUCAUACUCAGCCAUUGAAAGAAGAAGAAGAAGAAGAGGGUGAUGAGGAGGAAGUUCAUGAGGGUACCAUCAGUAUAUCAAGUGUUUACUCACAAGGAUUAGUGAAAAGACUAAGAGAAGCAUUGGAGAAAUCAGGAGUGGAUUUAACGAAAGCAAACAUAUCUGUCCAAAUCGAGCUUGCCAAAAGUUCCUCUUCCUUCAAGGAGGAUCAUGAAGUCAAUGAACCGGUUUCUCGAACCGGAAACGAUAAGCAUACUCGAAAACCUAAACGGAUCAAGACGUGCAAUACAAGUUAA